UCCAUGUUUCAUUCACAUCACAACCUCCAUCAUUAACUACGAUUUUGCUCUGUUUCCUUCCCUAUGAAAUGAUUCACGUUGACAUAUUCAACCGACCCACCCACCAACCCACAACCCAAAUUCAUUAUUCAUUAUACACAUAUAAAAACCCAGAGUUUCUUCCCCUUAAUUAUUCCUUAAAUCCCAUUUUCAUCCUAUAAUAUACCAGAAUCAAGAAAAACAAAAAAUUCAGCCCACAUGAUGAAUGUCAUUUUCUUUGACUGGUGCAGAAAAACAUCAUAAAUCCAUUAUGUGGUGUUGUUUGUGGUACAAUCGAAUCAUUUAAAAAGAAUAUGCUUUUUUCCCAUUUGCUAACUGUGUAAUAAUAAUAAUUUUCCCAAAUCUUCUUUCCUUGUUUCUUUUCUUUAUUUUCAUUCGUUGUGCUGCAAAAAAGAUUCAAUCUUUAUCCAUAUAUCCUACUUGUGUAUCUGUAUCUAUCCAUCUAUUAUAUCUAUUUGUAUCUAUAGGUGUAUAUUUAGGAUAAUUAGAAGGAGGCGAUUUUAUUCAAACGUCUAGAGUUUAGAAACCAUUAUCGAACGCAUUGCGUGUAGGAAUCGAAUUGGGUAUUUCGAAAAAUUUGAUCUUUGUUUAGUUUGGUUGGUCCCCAUUGUAUAUAUUAGGAAUUUGCAAUCUUUAGGAUAGUGGACAUAACUGUUUUUUCAAGAUUUUUGUGUUUCUUUAUGAAUAUUAUAUAAAUAAGUCGUAGUAUUUAUACAUGUAUAUUCGAGUGAUGUGAUUUUGGUGAGGUGUGUUAUAUAUAAUUUAGGGGAAAAUGUGGAGGCUAGGUAGUUAUAUAACUCAAGGGGUUUAUACCGUCUCUGGUCCGUUUCAUCCGUUUGGUGGGGCGGUUGAUAUGGUCGUGGUGCAACAAGAAGACGGUAGCUUGAAAUCGUCUCCUUGGUAUGUUAAAUUUGGUAAGUUUCAAGGGGUGUUGAAGGCGAAAGAGCGAGUUGUUGACAUAAAUGUUAAUGGGGUUGAUGCGGAUUUUCAUAUGUAUUUGGAUCCACGAGGAGAGGCGUAUUUUCUUAGGGAGGUUGAUUCGGAGGAAGUAGAGACGGUUGGUUCUUCACCUUCGUCGUCGUGUGGGGAAGUAAAUGGAAAACCACAAGAUAAGAUGCCGGUUAAGUCUAAAAGUAUGAAUUAUGACUUUGAUCAGUGUAAUACAGUUACUGAUGUCACAAAUGGUGCCGUUUUGAAUAGGAGUGGUUCUAAAAGGUCUAGGAUUUUAGGAUUUGUUAUGGGGAGAAGAUCGAUGAAAGAACAUAGUUUGACAAAAGAAGAGAAUGAUACAAAUAGGUCGUUAGAAAGUGCUGAGAUGGCUGCUGAUCUCUUGGAAAUGAGGUGGUCGACCAACCUUUCAUCAAGAAGUAAUAAGAAUGGGAAUGUAGAACCGAGAAAAGAUAAUGGAGCUAUUACGGGUGGAAGAUUGGAAGGGAGUUUGGUGCUGCACGAACAACACUUUGUAAAUAAUUUGGGGAGUUCAGGGGCUGAUAAUGAGGUGCCUGCAUUUGCGGUUGAAGAAACCAUUGUAGCAGAUUUUGUUAAUGGUGCUGAAAAUGAGGUUCCCACAAUGGCGGUUGAAGAAACUGUUGUGGCAGAUGUUGUUUGUAGUGCUAAUAAAGUGGUUGAUGAAAACCGUGGUUCUGAAGAGAGGUCAAAAACUCGGUUGGAUGAUACUGAUGACCCAGAAGUCGGAUUAAUAACAGCUCAAGGAUCUCUAGAAAUUGUACCCGAAAGCUAUGCAGAAAGUGGAUGUAAUCAAGGAGAUGCGUCUUUAGAGGAUGUCUCAUGCAGUUCUGUUGGGGUACCUUUUUGUCAAACUGAAACAACUGAAAUUAGGCUGCCUUUGGAGUCAAAUGGUGAAUUUCAAGAUGUACCUGGUAAUCCUGUUUUGAUCAAACAAGUAUCUGAUCAAACAAGCGCUGUUCAUCAAGGAGAUGCGCCUCUAGAAGUUGUUUCAUGCAGUUCUGUUAUGGUACCUUUUUGUCAAAACGAAAUGAAUGAAGUUAAAGCUCCUUUAGAUUCAAAUGGUGAGUUUCAAGAUGUCUCUGGUAAUUCUGUUUCGAUCAAACAAGUGUCUGAACAGAUUGUGGAAGAACAGUUAAUGUUUGGUGAUCUUGAUGGAUCAAAGCCGAGUAUACACAAGAUAGAUGAAGAAGUCAAUCAGGUAGAGAGUGAGUCAAAGGGCCCAAUUAAAGGUCAUGAUCAACUUACAGUCAGAACCUAUAAAGAUAACCUCAAAGGUGAUUUUGAAGGGGUGAAAGGAAGUAUUAGAAGGUGUUCAAGUAAUGUGGAGAUUCCUACUCCUAGGUGUUGUGAAAUCACAGAAGCAGAAAUUCGUCGGCAGGCAAAGUCCCUGCCCAAUAUGCGGUGCCAAUUUAACGUUUCUGGUCCAGAAAAUCACGAGGAUCCACAAUUUUACUCUCCGGUUGGCAAAUUUAGAUCCUCAAAUUGGGAUUUGCUCAGGGAGGAUGCUUCAAGUUUGAGAAAGGCAACCUUAGAGAAACGAUUAUCACAGAGUGGAGAUAGUCUAUCAAAAGAACUUAAAGACGGUGGCAUUGCAAGUGGUGGCGUUGAUGGCGCUGGCGGAAGCUGGAGCUUGUGGCCGUUUAGAAGAAUGGGAAGUAAAAAUGCUUCUGAGAAAGAACAAAAUGUUAAAAAGGAUCUUGAUGGUGAUACUGUAACAGAAACAGAUGUUGAAAAAGAAGAUAGUUCACCAAAGUUGGAUAAGAUGCACACACGGGCACUUACUCCAACUGCUGAGCAGCUAGCUUCUUUGAAUCUUGCAGAAGGGAAAAACACAGUCACAUUCACGUUUUCAACAUCUGUGUUAGGGGCUCAAAAGGUGGAUGCUAGAAUAUAUUUGUGGAGGUGGGAUACUCGCAUUGUGAUCUCAGAUGUUGAUGGAACAAUCACCAAAUCUGAUGUUCUCGGACAAUUCAUGCCUUUAGUUGGAAGAGAUUGGUCACAUAUUGGUGUAACACACCUCUUUUCAGGAAUUAAGGAAAAUGGAUAUCAAAUGCUUUAUCUAAGUGCCCGGGCAAUUUCUCAAGCUUCUAUCACUAGACAGUUUCUGUUCAACCUUAAACAGGAUGGGAAGGCUUUGCCUGAUGGGCCUGUUGUUAUUUCUCCUGAUGGACUUUUUCCUUCUCUUUUCCGUGAAGUCAUAAGAAGAGCUCCACAUGAAUUCAAAAUUGCUUGUUUGGAGGAUAUCAAGUCAUGUUUUCCAUCUGAUAGGAAUCCGUUCUAUGCUGGUUUUGGAAACAGAGAUACAGAUGAAUUUAGUUACCUCAAGGUUGGGAUAUCCAAAGGAAAAAUCUUCAUCAUUAAUCCUAAGGGAGAGGUUGUAAUUAACCGAUGUAUCGACUCCAAAUCAUAUGCUUCACUUCACGCACUCGUUAAUGGAAUUUUUCCACCCAUAUCUGUGCAUGAAGAGCAGGAGGAUUAUAAUUCGUGGAACUUCUGGAAACUUCCACCUCCAACCAUGGACUGACUGAAGAUAAAUAUGAAAUUUCGCUUGCCUUGGUAGAACCGUACAACGUAGAAUCAUUCAUGUAGAAAAGAACCAAACAUCAGAAUCACAUCUAUUCAUUUAAAUUCAAAACACAAAAUCGCGUAUAUGUUUCAGAACUCAUUAUUUACCAACAAAAAAAAUAAAGAGAUGGUUUACAA